GCUGGGCACGGGGUGUGACAAGCCGGUGUGUGUCUUGCAGCUCCGCAGCCACAAUGGCUCCAGCGAAGAAAGGCGGGGAGAAGAAGAAGGGGCGCUCGGCCAUCAAUGAGGUGGUGACGCGGGAGUAUACCAUCAACGUGCACAAGCGCAUCCACGGCAUAGGCUUCAAGAAGCGAGCGCCACGUGCUCUCAAGGAGAUCCGCAAAUUUGCAAUGAAGGAGAUGGGUACUCCUGAUGUACGCAUUGACACCAGGUUGAACAAAGCCGUCUGGGCCAAAGGAAUCAGGAAUGUUCCCUACCGCAUCCGUGUGCGCUUGUCCAGGAAACGCAAUGAGGAUGAAGAUUCACCUAACAAACUAUACACCUUGGUUACCUAUGUACCAGUCACAACCUUCAAAGGUUUACAGACAGUCAAUGUGGAUGAAAACUAAGCUGAUUUUCAUUACAAUAAAGUUAUAAAAUGACAUUUA